AUGCUCAAGGAAUGUGAGUUCAUACCCCCUUCAAACAAGGAAAAAGAAAAGUCUUCUAAUAGAACAGCUAUAAGGUUCCGAUGGGCCAGCUUGCAGAUAGAAUAUCUAUGCAACCAACAACGCAUCAAACUCGCCGAGGAUGUCGAAGCCGAACUAGGCCGUCUGCCGUCAACGCUGCAGGAAUCAUACGCAAACAUACACGGUACAAUCCGUACACAAGCAAAACACAGCCGAAGCCUGGCCAAGCGGACACUGGCAUGGCUUGUUUGCUGCCAAAGACCCUUGCCGUCUAGUGAUCUAAUCUAUGCCGUCUCGCUGGGUAUGCGACGGAAAGUUGGGUCCCACGAGCUUCUCGAUGUCUGCCGCAACCUAGUCAUUCUAGAUCAGGAGCAGGAUGUCUUCCGGCUCGCUCACACGUCUGUACGCGAGUAUCUUGAAAGCACCCCGGAUUGUUGUCUCUCAAAAUCCCACUCUGUGGUUGCAGGGUGUUGUCUCGAUCUUCUCUGCCGAGGCGUCGUCUGGCCUUCGUCACCAGAUGGACAAAGUGCCCUGCAUCAGUAUGCGGUAUUGUUUUGGCCCGGCCAUGUGAGUUUGGGCGAGACUGGACAGGACGGCUUGGAUAAGCUUCUCUCCGCCAAGUUGAGCAGCUUCAUUUCGCACCGCGAGGAAUCAUCGCCUUACCUGCAGUGGCUUGAGGCAUGUGAAUACUGUUGGUUGACGGCACCUUGGCCUCUUCAAACGAAGCUACGCAGUGUUAUCAAUAGCAAAAGCACCCUGGUUUUCCUCGGCAGUGUAUUUGGUAUAAUGGCCAUCCUCGAGUAUCUUAUGGCAUGCAAGACAAAUUUCUUUCAUGAAACAAACCAAGUUGGAGAUUCUCCAUUGCAGGCAGCGGCACUGAAUAACCAUUUCGGAGUGGUCCAGAAGCUCCUUGAUUGGUAUCCGAUGUAUUUAGCCACAAACUGCGAUUUAAACAGCGCAGCGCAGAACAAGGGAGCAAAGGCGACAGAGAUUCUGACACGUCUCCUGCAAAGCGCAGAGCCAGAAGCCGUGACGAAUGCAACGCUAAAAUGCGCUGCACUGAAUCUGACGAAUGGGGAGAAGCUCCUAGAGAUACUGCUCGAAUGGAGAUCUUCUCAGCAUUUUCCUCAAGGCGAGAUGCUUGAUGGGAGAUUGUCGAUCCAACCGAUUGACAAAGACACCUUUCGCGCAGCGGCAAGCAACGGGGAACAAGGCUACGCAAUCAUCAAGGCACUGUGGCGGUCGAAUGGGCAUAGAACCGUCACGACGGGUAUGAUCAUUGCUGCUGCAAUGACGGAGGGUCAUGACCGAGCCCUCUUAAAGCAUCUUUGGGUGGAGGCAAACGGCAGUCAGCUGGUCACUGGCCAGCGGAUCGUUGAAGCGGCCGUCUCCAAUCCACGCGGAGGGCGAAAGACACUGCAGGUGAUAUGGGACACGAUUGGUAAUAUCGUCGUCAGUAAACGGGCUAUUAUCAGUGCAACCUCUAAUGCCACCGACGGAUUGGAAACAAUCCGCUUCAUAUGGGACAAGACGGGUGGGUACCCUCUUGACGAGGACGUCCUCAACGCCACUGUGCGGAACUUCGUCCACGGAGAGAAGAUUCUCCAGUUUUAUAUUUCCAAAGACAGUUACCUUCAUUUUUCAGACCAAUUAUGUCGUGAUGCGGCAAGUAAUGGAAGCAAGGCAAUCAUGGAGACCAUCCUGGGUCACAAACAAGCCAUAUCCGUGGACUCUGAUAUAUUCCUGGCAGCAGCUGCCAACCGUCACUAUGGCAGCGAGAUGAUUGAAUUUCUUUGGCACCGCUCCGGUGGGUUUACCGUGAAUGAAGAAUUACUCCUCAACGCCGUCAGAAACAGAGAAAACGGCAAAGAGGUUGUCGAGAUGCUACGCAACUUGAACAGUGGCCCGCUACCAAGCUCAAUCAUCACGUCCCAGGUCUUCCGGGCAGCGGCAGCCAACGAAUUCAGCAGCUACGCGCUAGUAUCUCGGCUCCUCGAGGACGCCGGAAAAUACGACACAGCAACCAUUUGCCCUUCUGUAAUCGAAGCGGCCGCCACCGCCGGACAGGAACGAACCCUUGCCCUUUUCCAGCAGCGAUUCCCGGAUGCAGUAAUGGAAAAUAUGAACCUUAUUGUGAGAUUCUGCAACGCUGCGAAGGCAGGAAGUGAGUUCGAAACCCAGCAACUUCUGGCAGCUGGUGUGAACCCGGAUUUGCCAAACAUACACGGAGCGACGCCGCUCUGGCAGGCCGCUGCACGGGGCCAUGUUGCGAUCGUCCGGGCUCUUCUGGACACUGGUCGGGUAGAUGUACACUCGCAAACGGAAACGGGGCGCACCUCACUCUUCAUCGCGUCACAGCAUGGCUGGUCGGCUGUCGUGGCACUUCUACUAGAAGCUGGGGCCAACCCGUGUACACGGGAUCGGUACGGCGAGACGGCCAUCCUAGUGGCGAGAGAGACUAACCAGGAGACAGUUCUAGCAUUGCUCGAGGAUGCAGUAAGAUUGAGGACAGAGGAGAAGGUGGUUUUACCGCAGGUCACCGAGGUGGAAGAAGCAAACCAAGGUGGAUGUCAAUGA